AUGCCAGACCACACCUUUGAGAGGUGCUACCUGCUCUACCCGGAGCUGCGGAACCCCUACCACGCCUCGCCCGCCCCGUCGGACCCGUGGGCGGACCUGGAGGAGGCUCGCCGGGACCACCACGACCCGCCACCGCGGGUGAUGCGACGCAUCAAGGACGCCGAGGCGCUGGCGUUCGACGCGGCGCCCCCAGACGUGCAGAGGCAUCCCAGAUGGCAGCGUAUCCAGGGCUGGGACCCGGCGCGCCAGACGUACUUCACGCUGCCGAUGUACGCCGCGGUCGUGGACCGGCCGGUAAGACUUACUGACAACCCGUUCAGCCGGGCUCGGGCCCAACCGGCGUACGAGGCGUUCGACACCUCUGGCGACACGGUUAUGUGCAGCUGUGGGUUUCCCGCCGGUUACGAGUGUAACCUGGAGCGCUGGGUGCGCGAGGUGGCGGAUCAUGAUGGCCUGUUCAGGUUCUCGGAGAGGUCCGAGGACGCUUUUGGAAUGAUCAUGAGCCAGGGCUUGGUAAACCCUGCCGCCACUUUUGAGAUAUACUAG